UUUACAUGCAGUUUGAAUUCUUUGAACAACAAUUCGUGCGAAACAGGAUGUUUUGUUGUGUUGCAUGCUGUUUAUUUUGAGUAAUUGACCGGAUUUUGUGGGAUCCAAAGUCUAAUUGUUGCAUGGCUUAAAUACUGACAUAAAAGUAUACUUUUGCAAGUGUAGAAAUUGAGUUUAAUGAGUGAUUGAAAAUAUUAUGUUGGGCGACUCUGAAAUGAUGGAAGCUGAUGAACGGACGGACCUGACCGAUGGGAUCAAUCUCAGCCCUCUCCCGCCGGCCGAGCCAGAGUCUAGGAUCAUCUAUCUGAACCAGACACAGGCCACCAAAUUCUGCAACAAUGAAGUCAACACGGGCAAGUACAGCGUGGUCACCUUCUUGCCCAAAUUCUUGUUUGAGCAGUUCCGGCGAUAUGCCAACGUCUUCUUUCUUUUCAUUGCACUGCUACAACAAAUCCCGGGUGUCUCCCCCAAUGGGACCUUGACAACUGUCAUACCGUUACUAUUUAUUCUUACUGUUGCUGGUGUCAAAGAAACGGCAGAAGAUUUGAAACGCCACCGUGCAGAUGAUGAGGUUAACAGACGUAAAGUAUUAGUUCUUCGUUACGGGGUCUGGAUGAGAGUACGGUGGGUUGAGGUGGCUGUUGGUGAUAUAGUCAAAGUUAGCAGAGAGGAAUUCUUUCCUGCCGAUCUAGUGCUACUUGCUUCCAGUGCCCCACAGGCCAUGUGCUACAUAGAAACUGCCCAGCUAGAUGGAGAGACCAACCUCAAGAUUCGCCAGGGUGUCCCGCAGACGGCCCACCUAGUCUCGGAUCAAGAGCUGAUGCAGAUUAACGGCAGGAUAGAGUGCGAUGUGCCAAACCGACACCUGUAUGACUUCACCGGCAACAUCAGGGUUAAACAGGACCAGUCACUGUCAGUACCUAUUGGUCCAGAGCAGGUCUUACUCAGGGGCGCUGUACUCAAGAACACACAGUGGAUUCAUGGGAUAGCCAUCUAUACGGGUCAUGAGAGCAAGCUACUUAUGAAUUCCAAAGCAGCACCAUUGAAAAGAUCAACAGUAGAUAGAACAACAAAUUCACAGAUUCUGUUCCUAUUUGUUAUACUUCUUGUGCUCUCCCUGGUCAGUUCCAUUGCAGCCGAGGUGUGGAACAGGCGGCACUUGGCAUCUGAUUGGUACAUAGGGUUUCAAGAUGCUCUUGCUAAUCCAGAUGCAAAAGACUUUUCUCCUAAUUCCUUCUUCUACAACUUUUUGACGUUCAUCAUCCUGUACAACAACCUGAUUCCCAUCAGCCUGCCAGUCACCUUAGAGCUGGUCAAGUUUGGCCAGGCCUGGUUCAUUAGCGCGGACAUUGAUAUGUACCAUGAGGGCACCAACACAGCAGCCAAUGCUCGCACGUCAAACCUGAAUGACGAACUUGGCCAAGUCAAGUAUAUCUUCUCGGACAAAACUGGUACGCUGACUGAGAACAUCAUGGUGUUCAAGCGAUGCACGGUGGCAGGGAUCGUGUACGGUACCAACGGGGAUGAUGCAAAUGUUUUCUCACAGGCUAAGCUGCUGGAGAAUCUGCAAAAUAAACAUCCGACUGCGUCUCAUAUCCGUAUGUUCCUGACCAUGAUGGCCGUGUGUCACACAGUGAUCCCAGAGAAAGAACAAGAUAGUGAUAAGAUCACCUACCAAGCAUCCUCCCCAGAUGAAGGUGCCUUGAUUGAUGCAGCCCAUGCAUUGGGAUUCGUGUUUAAUGUCAGGACACCAGACUAUGUGGAAAUCAAUGUGAUGGGGAAGCAGGAACGAUACGACAUUCUGAAUGUUCUGGACUUCACCAGUGUCCGGAAGAGAAUGUCGGUCAUUGUGCGCACCAGCAAUGGAACCAUACUACUGCUGUGCAAAGGAGCUGACUCUGUGAUCUAUGAACGACUUGGUGACAACCAGGAGCACAGGGAUGAGACAUUGCUGCACUUGGGAGAAUUUGCUUCAGAAGGUCUGCGCACUUUAUGUUUUGCCUUCCGUGAGAUCCCCAAGCAGGAGUACGAAGACUGGAGUGCCACCUACUACAAGGCCAGCACGGCCCUGCAGAACAGAGAGGCCAAGCUGGAGGAAGCUGCCGAGCUGAUUGAGAUGAACUUCAAUCUGAUUGGCGCCUCAGCCAUCGAAGACAAACUGCAGGAUGGUGUGCCAGAGACCAUUGACAUGCUGAUGAAGGCAGACAUUAAGCUGUGGGUACUCACCGGAGACAAACAGGAAACAGCCAUCAAUGUCGGUUAUUCGUGUAAGCUGUUGACCCAGAACAUGCCGCUGGUUGUGAUCAAUGAAAGUAGCCACGAUGACACAAGGGAGACGCUUCGCAGACACACCGCGACGUUUGGGGAAGACCUUGGCAAACAGAACGAUGUGGGCCUCAUCAUUGAUGGAAAGACAUUGAACUUUGCCUUGGAGUUUGACAUGAGGAAGGAUUUCUUGGACUUGGCAGUGUCCUGUAAAGCAGUGGUGUGUUGCAGGGUCACUCCAAGACAGAAGGCCGAAUUGGUGGAACUGGUCAAGCAAAACGUCAAGGUGGUCACUCUAGCUAUCGGAGACGGAGCCAACGAUGUCGGCAUGAUACAGGCUGCAGAUGUGGGUAUAGGCAUCAGCGGCCGGGAGGGUCUGCAGGCAGCCAACUGCUCCGACUACUCCAUCGCCCAGUUCCGAUUCCUUCACAAGCUCAUGCUGGUCCAUGGAGUCUGGAGCUACAAUCGUUUGUCCAAAGUCAUCCUGUAUUCCUUCUACAAGAACAUCUGCCUCUACAUUAUGGAGUUCUGGUUUGCCAUUGUAAAUGGCUGGUCAGGCCAGAUCCUUUUCAACCAGUGGUGCAUCGGCAUCUACAACUUGGCCUUCACUGCCCUACCACCAUUUGCCAUCGGCCUCUUUGAUCGUAACAUCAGGGUAGAGAGUAUGCAGAGAUUCCCGCAGCUCUACAAGCCAUCCCAGAAUUCAGAGUACUUCAACUCCAAGGUGUUUUGGAUGUGGACCAUGAAUGCCGUCUACCACUCCUUGCUUAUAUUCUGGUUUGUGGUCGGUGCCCUGUACCAAGACGUUGCAUUCUCUGACGGCCAACUGGGUGGGCAUCUAUUCAUGGGCAACAUGGCUUACACGUAUGUGCUUAUUGUUGUCACCUUGAAAGCGGGUCUGACAAUGGAUGCCUGGAGCUGGCCUGUCCACUUCUCCAUGUGGUUCAGUAUCAUCGCCUGGUUCAUUUUCAUCGGCAUCUACUCAGCCUUGUUCCCUGCUAUCAAGAUGGCAGCCGACAUGACUGGACAGGCCCGCAUGGUGUUUUCCAGUGGCAUUUUCUGGAUGCUUCUCUUCCUCAUUCCUGUCGUAGCUUUGUGGCGUGAUGUGGCCUGGAAAGCUUUCAAGCGGACUCUUUUCAAGAGCCUUGCAGAGGAGGUUCAGGAAGCUGAGGUCAAACUGAUAGACCCUACUGCUAUAAUCCAGCGAUCCGUCAAAAAGAGUCUUCGUGCAAUAUCUGCUAAAACGUCUUAUGGAUUGCAUGCAAUUGGCGGCAAGGCAGCUCAAGGUUUCAAUGAGACAUCACGACUGUUGAACAAGCUGUUCAAGAGAACACCGAGCAGUUCGCGGCGAGUCACUGAGCAGUAUGAUCUGUCACAGCAUGGAUACGCCUUUUCGCAAGAGGAGCAUGGAGCCAUUGCACAGGCGGAGGUCAUCAGGGUUUUUGACACAACAAAACGUCCAGAGGGCGCUAUUGUUAUCCCUGAAAACCGAUGAUUGCGUGAGACAUCCAUGGCGAUCACGACUUACUGAUUAAUAGGGCAAAUGUUUUCAAAGCAUUCCCACCACCGGUACCUUCCUGAAAAGUGUUCUAAAUAAAAACUGUAUAUUUAUAUAUCAUGCAGGGGCUUUUUUCCCCACCAGAGGUCAUCUUGAAAGAAGUUGUGGUUAAGUAAAUGCUGAAGGUGUCUCAGAUCAAGUUCAAUCAACAGCUGUUAAAUAUAACUAGUGUACAUGUAUGAUUGCGAAUGCACCAUUUGCCUGUGCAUGAGAUUCAACCAGCUGUAGUCAAAUGUUAUUGCGAAACUUCUCCAGUCCUUGCUCACUGCUGUAAAACACAAACCUAAAUCAUCCACUAGAAAAUUGUUAAUAUCUAAAAGUUUAGUGUGUGCUCAAGUUGUAUAAACUGUUUGAACUGUUCAGGAUUACUCAGAAAUUACAAAGUAGUCUUUUAAAUAUUUAUGAUCAAAGGUUUUCGGCCAUUUAAUCUGAUUGAGGCUCAUCACUUCUUUUCAAGGCUAAGGCCGUGUCCAGUAACAGCUAGGUGGGAAAAAUUAAGCUUUCAAUAGCUGUGGAGGCUCGUUUUGGGCAUGGCCUGAAUUGGAACGAAAUUCAAGAUGGCUUCUGGUGAUCUCCCACACAAACUGUGGAUUUGUCAAAAAGUCAAGCAUAUCACAACUUCUUAGAAAUGGACAAAUGUUUCCAGUGAGUCGUAUUAGUUGUAGAGGUCUUUUCGGUGUGCUACAAGUUGCUUUCCGCAAGUGGUUUUUAAAGGUGGUCAAUAUUUAUACAUUCGAUAAAAGACUUCAGAGACAAUUACUUUCCAAAUCAAUAUUGGCAUUGCUUAGGGAAAUCUCAUUUUGAUGUAGGGCGAAGACAAAAAUGAAAGUGAAAUUAGACUGUUUGAUACUUCAAAUCCAACACUAAUGAAACCAAACGAGGUCAGAGACUUUUUAAACUUGGGAAUAAGACAUACCCCCCCCCCCCAAAAAAAGUGUUUGUGAUGGAAAUGCCACAGACAAAACAUAUGCAAUCAUCAUGAAAAUUUCAUACUUCACAAUGGAAUUGUUAUGGGAAAAAAUACAGAAUGCUCCUGCCUCAUUGUAGAAAUUUCUUCUGGUAAAAAUAUGAACUGCUACUUUUUGUCUAUCCUCUCAAAAUGAAUAAGUUUUAGAAACACUGCAUUUACCACAGAUUGAUUAUCAUUUUUGCCGAAAAUGCCAAAUGGUUGUGUUGUAAAAUGUGUAUAUGUUUUUGAUUUGAAAUAUUACAAGAAUUGAAGUACAUGUAUGAUGUGUACAAAUUUGAAUGAAAUAUAAAAGUAGACACUAAUUGUUUGUUAUUCAGAGCUGCACGCAAUCAUAGGUAGUUGAAAUGUUGUGAAUUAUUUAUAAAGGUAGAUUUAAAACUUGAAACAAAUAUGUAUUAGUUUCAAAUGAAGCACAGCUUUGUAGUGUUAAUUAUUAGGUGCCACAGAUCUAAAAUUCUUCAAAUAAUUUUUGUUUAGAACGAUUCUUGAAAAGACAUUUUGAACCAAGAUCUAUAAUUAUAAAAGAUGUUAUUAAAAAAUCUUUAACUUUCAUUGCCCACUCUCUAAUUUUAUGCAAAUCUCAAUCUUGCCCAAGUAAUUAGGCUGAACUUUCUGCCAUUAAAUUUGACAAUUUUGAAUGGCGUCCACACUCAUGAACAAAAUGUUUUGGGGGUUUUCAUUUUAAAUUCAUCAGACAUAAGAAUUAUACAGAGUAACAGUAGAGUAAGAGUAAGUUUUUGUUUUCAUUGAACCAAAAGGUAUUUUCCCACUUUUUUUAUAUGAGAAUUUGUUUUAACAUUUGAUCAGUUGAUUUGAAUUCUUUAUUGGAUAAAGUGUCAUUUUGCAAGAUUAUUUGAAUUUUGGAUUCUUUGAAUUUCAAGUAUUAGGAUUAAUUAUUCGAACAAUAGUGUGAUAUGUUAAUUUAUGCAAACAGGAAAAAAACAUCUUGGAAAUUAUGUUAUAUAUUUUAUUUAUACAGAUUUGAGACUUAAAAACAAACUUCCCACCCAAAAGAGGAAAAAGUGAAGUUCACUUCCUGCUCCAUCAAGUAUUAAGGCUUUUAUGUCGGUAAAAAGACGUUUUUAAGUUCCAGCACAUAAUUUAAUGUACAUGAUGUCCAUGCUGUUUUUGUUUGAAGUGCAAUUUGGCCUUUCUUAUUUUGUACAUUGUGACUUUUAGUUUUAAAGUGCCCAAAAAUACAUUCCCUUUCUUUUCUAUGGAGAUGAUACUUAUUUCGAACUCAUGAUACACAUGAGAAUUCACAUCACCAGGAUUGUUACGUUUAAAAUCUCGUUUAGCUAUUUCGCAGCUGAUUUUGAAUUCUUUUAAACGUUUUCCUGACAGCAAGCAGUAAUUACUGUUACUCCAAAAGCUAACAUGUAGUACAGAGAAUCCUAAUUGAAAUACAUGUAUGUAGGGUAUUAAUCAAGUUUUCUGUAAUUUUGUUAAAAGUACCCAGGAAUAAUAUAAAGUUCCUAAUGAUAUAAUGAAGUUAUCAGAAUUCCAAAUCAUUGUGAUGUGUCUUUAGAUUAAUUUGAAGUAGAUGCAAAACGUGUACAAUUAAUCUGUUUAUACAUGUAAAUUAUAACCCAAAUAGGUGAUAUAUGUGCUAACAGUGCCGAAGAAUAAAUGUUAGUAAAAAUAUCA